AUGGCAGGGAGACAGCCCAGGGGCGAAUCAGAGAGGGACAAGAAACUGCGGCAGAUCCUCUUUGGAAAUACAGCACACGUCUUCAGUUGUGACUGGAAAAAGGCUUAUUUCAGGUUCCAUGAGUCUUUUCCUGACCUGUCUUUCACUCUGGAGAUCGGAAAGGGUGGUGCCCAAAGCAUUCAGAUGGCUGUCCAAGGAAGCAUCAUCAAACACCUGUUGUUUACAAGGAAGGGAAAAGACUGUAACUCUCACAGCUGCCUCCCGCAUGACAGUUUACGUGCAAUAAGCAAGCAGGAGCAGGAGCGCGCCCUGGUGUCCUCACUAGCGGAUAUCCUGUGGGCCGCAGGAGCUGCGCAGAAGGUCACCAUCUGUCUUGUCACUGAGGACAUCUACAUUGCUUCGACCCCUGAGUAUUUCAGAGAUGACUUCACGGAACGGCUGUGUCUGUUUGAACUCUUAGAGAAGGAAGCCACUGAGAAAUUCAUCUAUGAUCAUUUACGAUGUGCCAUUUUGAACAUGAUUUUGACUGGAAGAGCAAGUCCCAAUGUAUUUGAUGGCUGUCAGAAAGGAAAGAGUCAGGAAUUAUUACGCGGUAUCCUCGCACGCAGCAACAUUGGCUACUUGCAGUGGGGUAAGGAUGCUUCAGUGGAUGACAGACUUUCACAGGUGGGCAGCAUGCUGAAGACACCCAAAUUACCUAUUUGGCUGUGCAACAUCAAUGGAAAUUACAGUGUCCUUUUUAGCACAAACAGGCAGCUUUUAUCAGACUGGAAAAUGGAACGUCUCUUUGAUCUGUACUUUUACAGUGGGAAGCCCUCACAGGAAAAGCCUGUGCAUCUUACAAUACUCACUCCCAUCACUGGGAAAGGGACCAACAUGAUGAUGAACAUAGGCCAGGAAGACGUUGUUCUCCAGUGGAGAUGGUCAUCAGAACCAAGUGGAGAGAAGCCACCAUCAACUGGAAUGGAGCAGUUCCCUUUUUCUGAAGAAAGCUAG